UGGCUGUGCUGCAGGAAGUGAUAUGCAUUGGUCUUCCUGCACAGGUCCCUCCUCCAGGAAGAGAUGAGAUUGUGCCACUGUCAGCCUGGGAGAAUGGAUUAGACUGUGCUUCUAACGUCUUAUCUGCUGCAUACAAACCUAGAGGUGACAGGCUGCUGCUGCUAUUCCUCCCCUCCCUCCAUAGUCACACCAUGCAAUAGUCUUUGCAUUCUCCUCUGCCUGGGCUUGCCUUAUAUUUGUCUGAUAAAACUUCUCCCAAAGUGUGCAGUGUAGUGUGCUGUGUAGUGUGCUGGGACUGCCAUACGCCUGGAGUGUCUAUGAACCAUGACAAGGUAUUAACACCUAUAUUCUGGAAUGGCUGAAAACCCACACAAUAUUCUGCACUUAGAGCUGGACGAUGGGUCAUUUAUUGAAGGAGUAAGCAAUCAAGUGAUUGCUGCAGUUGUACUCAGUCUGAGCUUUGUAGCUACGCUCAUCUAUUUUCUCUUAAGAAAUGAGCAGCAAAAUAUUCACCCUGAAAACCAAGAAAGGGUGAGAGCCAUAAGAGAGCAGCUACAAAAUGAACAAGAAACGGCAAUCCCUGAAUGGCAUCAGUUUUACUCGGACAUGUCUUGUCCAGUCUGUUUACAACAGGCCACGUUUCCAGUGGAAACAAACUGUGGACAUCUUUUCUGUGGUCCAUGCAUCAUUGCAUAUUGGAGGUAUGGAUCAUGGCUUGGUGCUAUUAGCUGUCCCAUUUGCCGUCAAACGGUCACUUUACUAUUUCCAAUGUUUCAAGUCGCUGAACAACAAGAUGUGCAAGAGAUAUUUCAGGAAGUUAACAGUUAUAAUAGAAGAUUUUCGGGACAGCCUCGCUCUCUUAUGGAAAGGAUUAUGGAUCUGCCUACCUUGUUACGCCAUGCAUUUCGAGAGAUGUUUUCAGUGGGUGGGCUCUUCUGGAUGUUCCGAAUCCGAAUUGUUGUCUGUCUGAUUGGAGCCCUUUUUUAUCUUGUGUCACCACUAGACAUUAUUCCUGAAGCUGUCUUUGGUAUUCUAGGUUUCAUGGAUGAUUUCUUUGUUCUCUUUUUAUUGCUUAUUUACAUUUCUAUCAUGUAUCGGGAAGUUGUGACCCAAAGACUGCACAGGUGAAAAGAGGUAUGUUUAACGCAGGAGCCUUCAAAUAAUUCUCUAUGCAGUUUUGAAUAUGUGAUAUUCUUUUGCCUAACUGGAAUUGUAAAUGUGUUUUUCAUGAUGUAAUAAGACAUCUUUAAAGGUUUCUUAGCUUCCCUAAA